GCAUUGUUUCUCGAAUUAUACGUGUUGUGUGUGAUAGUUCUAAGCCAGUGAUGACAAGCUAGAUAGGUACUAUUUAUUCAAAUCCGGAAAUAAUUUUUCUACGAUCUGAAAAAUGAAAGUCAAGGAAAUAGAACCCUUAGAACCUUUCGUACCUUUCGAAAAUUAUAUUCAACAUUUAAUAACGUAUCUGAAGUAUCUCAGAAUUUUACGACAAGCGAAUACAUUUUCUAUGUCAAAAUUAUUUUUAUUAAACAUCACGGUAGCAAUUUCUCUCUUCGUUAAUUUUAUCGUUGUCGUCUCUGAAAUUUCUAUGGUUUCCUUUCAUUCCGAUAUUGAACAAAUUUCGAGUAGUAUCAAUCCUUUGGGUCUUCACAUAACCGGUUUUAUUAAAUGGACUUAUUGUAUAAUUAAAAGCAAAGAAAUUAGUAGACUUCUUGAUGAUUUAAAUCGGUGUUAUUUGCUUUCGAAGAAAAUUGAAACUGGGAAGGGAGAGAGAGAAUGCGCAUUUUCUAAAAUAGAAAUGGAAACUGUGUACAAAGAUUCAAGGAUCUUGUUAUAUUCUUGGACAACGUUUUGCGUAUAUGGGGUAUGUCAUUGGUGUUUUAAUGCACUUCUACUAAAUUUUAAAGGUCAAAUGAAAACUUCCAAUACAAAUAAUAGCAAUGCCAUUUUGUUACCAUUCAUAACGAGGCAACCGUGGAGUAUUGAAACUGUUACGGGUUAUACUUGUUCGUUUAUUAUUCAAUUAGUCGGUGGAUUAACUUCGGGUGUUGGUGUUGCUAGUUAUGAUAUUUUAUACGUUUGUAUUUUAAUGGUAAUUUAUGGACAAUUACGAUGCCUGUCCUUAUCAUUGAUCGAUAUGAAUUCAAUCGUUGGUGCAAGAACAAUCGAAGAAUUCGAAAUGAAAUUACGUUGUUGCGUUGAUCAUCAUAGAGCUGUGUUGAAAAUAUCGGAGAGUUUGGAAGCUUUGGGGAGUUUACCAAUGUUUAUACAAUGCAUAGAAAAUAUAAUCAUCAUUUGCUUAUUAUCCGUUGAAAUGUCUAUGAUACAAUUUAAGAUGGAUUCAGAAAAUUUAAUGAAAUUAAUUAGAUUAAUAGAAUACUUUUUUGCAUUGUCAAGCUUACAAAUUUCCGAUGCUGUAUUCGCUUGUGAAUGGGAACGAAAUAUAUACGAUAAAAAUGAAAACACGAAAGAAAGGAAGGAAUUAUUAACUAAUAAAGUGAAGCAUUUGAUACUAUUUUUAUUACUGCGUUCUCAGAAGCCUAUUAUAAUGACUGGUGGUCCAUUUUACGUAUUAUCUCUCGAAACAUUUAAAUCUAUAAUGACUUUAGCAGUUUCGAAUGGAGUAAUACUUCGACAAUUUUCUGAUAAUUAAUAUCUUUGAGAUUUUAGUUUUUUUAUUAUAAAUAAAAAAUAAAUUGCAUUAACACAUAAAGUAAUCAGCUAUUUAAAGACAUUUGUACAGAGAAAUCUUUUCCUCCAUUCGCCAUUUUUACGCUCACCGUAUUAUAUAUAUAUAUUGAAUCAAGCAGUCGCGUAGAGUAACAUACUGAAAUACAUGAGCUCCUGAUAAAAAUACGACAACCCGCAGAUGACUCGCGCAGUUGGCGCGCAUGUAAACACCACUCGAAUCCGAAGUCACGACUCAGCAACGUGACAUUAAUUUUAUAAGAAUAACGUUCUUAUCGUUUGCAUAUAAUAUUUCUAUUUAUCGUAAAAAUAAUAAAAUAAUAAUGCUAUAGCUUCUGCUCUCUGAUCAGUCAAAAAUUAAAUUCGUUGUU